UCUGCAAAGGUCUAAAUAUUUAAGAAGAGUUGGGGUCCGGGCUGAAACUGAAUGUCUGCACACAGAUGGGAACAAUCCCUCACAGCCACUGAAUCUCACAUCACUCACAUUAGUGAAAAAAAAGAGUCUCCAGAGUACAGAGUGUGGGGUGUGCUGGGCCAUGUCUGAACCAACAAAAUGGGGUGCAGGUGGGCGGAUUAGGGGGUGUGGAAGGAACCAACAGUAAAGGAUCAGGGGGAGGGAUGGAGCGGGGGGAUGGCAGAAUGGAAAAGAGGGCAGGGAGGGGAGGAAAGUUGUUUUUUUUUUGUUUUUUUUUUACAUUUGCUAGAGUCAGAGACAUUUUGCCAGAGUCACAUCCAGUCCUGAGCACACUCUGAGAGAGGGGACAAGGAGGGCCAGUCUUGUUUGAUCAGAUUUGUGACCAUGCGUGUGGUGAUUGUCUUCGUGCUGUCUGCCCUGCUUCCACUCUCUCUCUGCCAUAAUUGGGACCCCUUCGCUUGGCUGUAUGGCCGGCAAAGCCAAGGAUACUAUUAUGCCUCCCUGCAGGCGGACACAGCAGGAGGGGCAUGUCCAGAUGAAUGCGACUGCCCCCCCACCUUCCCAGUCGCCAUGUACUGUGAUGGGCGCGGUCUCAAAGCCAUGCCAACCAUCCCCUCCCGUGUGAAAUACCUAUACCUCCAAAACAAUGCCAUCACAGCCGUGCCAGACUCAGCUCUGGUCAAUGCAACCAAUCUGGUGUGGCUCAUGAUGCACCACAACCAGCUGACAUCUGACGGCAUCGGAAGGAAGGCGUUUCUGAAGUUGGAAGCACUGGACCGUUUAUACUUACAACACAACAAUUUGACCAGCAUUCCUUCAAACCUCCCUCGCACCCUGCGAGACCUGAGAAUCAACCACAACAAGAUUGAAAAGGUAACACCUGCAGACCUAGAGGGUAUGGCUAACCUCACUAUCCUGUAUCUCAAUGACAAUGCUGUUACAGACAUGGGAUCAUCACUGAGGGCACUGAAAUCCCUCACACUGCUGGACAUUAGCGGCAAUAAGUUGACAAAGGUCCCAGAGUCACUCCCCGAACAGCUGCACCAACUCUACCUGGAGUACAACUCCAUCGAUGCUCUACCGGAGAGCUUCCUGGGCCAUUUCAGUCAGCUGCAGUACAUCAGGAUGGCCCACAACCAGCUAACGGACAAGGGCAUCCCUGCCAACACCUUCAAUGUGACUGGGCUGGUGGAGCUGGAUCUGAGCUUCAAUAAACUGGAGAGAAUCCCAAUAGUGAGCACCACACUACAGCAUCUCUAUCUGCAAGCCAACCAGAUCAAAGAGUUCACUCUGGGUAGUUUCUGCAGUGUCGUGGACGUGACCAACUUCUCCAGACUGCAGACGCUGCGACUAGAUGGAAACGAGAUCAGUCAACAAGACAUCCCCACGGAGUCGUCCCUCUGCUUGCGCCUGGCUUCCACCGUUGAGAUCUAGCUGUAGCGUAUGACACAAUGUGUGGUGGUCUGCUCACAAACACAGCUCACUUUACAGUGUGUGACACAUCAUGUGCAUGACAUGUGCCAAAAACCAAUGCACAAUUGGGGCGAUGGUAUAAUUUAAUACAGCAGACAGCAGGUGGCAGCAGUUUGUACUGUAAUAUCUCAUUUUACAGUGAUUGUCGUGAGCUUACAGGGCAGAGGGCGUUUUAUGUGCAAAAUAUAAACAAGGGAAUCUGACACAGAAGUCUGAUUUAUUUGAUAAAUAAAGUUAAAUGAGCCACAAAAUAUAGUGUAUAAGCCCAAUAACAUAUAAUGUUUCUUCUUGUGUACUGAAAAUGAUCUGACUCUCACCCUCCUUACAGUAUAUGUUGCUGUGAGGGUCAAUGAUCUUGAUUGUAAUCUGUGUUUUUUAUUGUUUCUUUCUGUCCUCUUACAAAGCAUGCUUUCUACUGUUUUGUCUGAUAAGUUCAAGAUAAAAAAAAAAUAUUAUGUACAAUGUGAAAUUUUUUAAAUCUCAAGUCAUUAGCUCUCGUAAAAAGCAUGACAAUAUUCUCUCUUCUCUGACGACCAUGUCCCAAAGUGAUAUCUUAUGCUGUGGCCGCUUGUUUCUGUAGAGAUUACAGUGAAAUCUACUAUGUGAAAAAAUAUCUCUGUAUUGUACUGUAGUGAAUCACACAUAAAGAGGCCUUUGGGUACAUGAAUUAUGAUUCUUAUGUACUGUAUGCAUGGCAUGGAUUGGUUAUCAUACAAAGGGUUUAUUUUUACAAACCUAUUGCAGAAUAAAUAAA